AUGUUGCUCUGCCAGCCUAUAUUUCUAAUUUUUGCAUUCCUGUCGAUUCCCGCUGGGGUUCUAUCCCGCAAAGGCAACGGCGAUUCUAGCAGCGAUAGCGGGACCAGCAGCGACAGCGACGACUCCUCAUCCAGCGGCGGCACCUAUGUCUGCUCGGAUGACCACAAACUCACAACCACCGGCCUCCAGCCGAGCUAUUACCUCAAUUACACAAUGGUCGCUGGCGACCCUGGCGCGUACACGGACUGGGACGGACUGUACUUUCAAGGCGAAGCUUCCUUUGACUACGUGAUUCGCGAUCUGCCGACCAACAACACCUACUCUGGAACCAAUUGUCCCAAGGACCAUCGCUCGAUUCGUAUGUUAGGCAUCGCAUGGGUCGGGCCGAGAACGCCUACUCCGCCAGACCUUCACAAUCCCUUUACACUAGGCUUCCAGGCCUGGCAGUCUGACAACUCCAUCGCCAACAUCACCAAUUCCUACAGCUCCUGCGAUACGGAUGUGAAUCUCGUCCAUCUCAAGACAACCGUCGACUGGCGCGAGUACGUCCACGAGACGAAUAGGGAUGUCGAGGGGGCCAUCGAUGCCGUGGUCCUUAAUGUCACCCAGGCCGGCAAUGACAGCCACGAGGCCCAAUUUGUAGGGGUCUAUGACGUGUCGAGUCUGAGGUCGGCCCAGACAAUCUUUGCGAGUGACGGCGCGCAUAAAGAUCAGAUCCAUAUCCCUGCGGAAACCUGCAGUAUGAUGGGUGACAUAUUGAUCGGAUGGCCGGCGGGGACUAUGAUCAACGGGACAAUGACCAACAACACGCUAAAAAUGUCCAUCUCGGGGACGACGAUAGCUAGCUUCGGUGACCUAAACGGAUCCCAUGACGAACAGGUGAACGUGGAUUUCAGCAUCGCCUUUAUGGGAACGUACGACUCGGCCAACUCAUCGCAGGUUCUCUACAUUGGAGCGAGCGAUCAGUCGCUUGUGAGCUUCGAGAAGGCAACCAGCGGUGCGGUAGCCUGGGCAUCUCCGCGAUGGCUGCUCGCACUGUCAUUAAUGAUGGCCACCGGAAUGGCGUAUAUAUAG